CCACUAGUUGGCGGUCGUGCACCGUUUCGUUGUUUGCCAAAACCAAUUGUGCAUUAAGAAUAAGAGCUGUGGACAGAGGGGCCGUCAUGUGUACCAUGGAGAGUUUGCGGGUGCUCGAGCUCUACAGUGGAAUAGGAGGGAUGCAUUAUGCAUUAAAGGAGAGUGGCAUACCUUGCCAGGUGGUGGUUGCUAUCGACAUAAACACCGCUACCAAUCAGAUCUACAGGCACAAUUUCCCUGACACCCCGCUCUGGAACAAGACAAUAGAGGGCAUACCACUAGAGGACUUUAAUAAAUUAUCUUUUGACGUGAUUUUGAUGAGUCCUCCAUGCCAACCUUUCACCAGAUUAAUAUUGAAGACAUCAAAACUAUGAAGGAUCUAUGUGGUAAACAAAUAAGUGUUAAACAAACCAGAAUAUGUUUUAUAUUUUGGAUUCUUCAAAGUAGCCCCCUUUUGCUUUGAUGACAGCUUUGCUCACUCUUGGCCUUCUUUCAAUCAGCCUCAUGCGGUAGUCACCUGGAAUGGUUUUCAAUUAACAGGUUUGCCUUGUCAAGAGUUAAUUUGUGGAAUUUAUUGCCUUCUUAUGUGUGUUUGAGAUCAUUAGUUGUGUUCAGUCCCGAAAACCAUCAAACGCUAUGAUGAAGCUGGCUCUCAUGUGGAUCGCCCCAGGAGAGGAAGACCAAUAAUUACCUCUGCUGCAGAGGAUAAGUUCAUGAGAGUUACCAGCCUCAGAAACCGCCAAUUAACAGCACCUCAGAUUAGAGGCCACAUAAAUGCUUCGCAGAGUUCAAGUACCAGACACGUCUCAACAUCAGCUGUCCAGGGGAGACUGAGUGAAUCAGGCCUUCAUGGUCGAAUUGCUGCAAAGAAGCCACUACUGAGGAAGAACAACAACAAGAAGAAGAGAAAAACAAGGAAUGGACAUUAAACCCGUGGAAAAUCUGUACUUGGGUCUGAUAAUUCCAAAUUUGAGAUUUUUGGUUCCAACCACCAUGUCUUUGUAAGCCGAGAAAAGGUGAGGGGAUGGUCUCUACAUGUGUGGUUCCCACCGUGAAGCAUUGAGGAGGAGGUGUGAUGGUGUGGGGGUGCUUUGCUGGUGAUACUGUUGGUGAUUUUAUUCAAGGCAUACUUAACCAGCAUGGCUACCAGAGCAUUCUGCAGCGACAUGCCAUCCCAUCUGGUUUUCACUUAGUGGGACCAGCAUUUGUAUUUAAACAGGACAAUGACCCCAAACACACCUCCAGGCUAUGUAAGGGCUAUUUGACCAAGAAGCAGAGUUAUGGAGAGCUGCGUCAAAUGACCUUGCCUCCACAACCACCCGACCUAAACGUAAUGAGAUGGUCUGGGAUGAGUUGGACCACAGAGUGAAGACAAAACAGCCAACAAGUGCUCAGCACCUCUGGGAACACUUCAAGACUGUUGGAAAACCAUUCCAGGUGACUACCUCAUGAAGCUGAUUGAAAGAAAGCCAAGAGUGUGCAAAGACGUCAUCGAAGAAUCUAAAAUAUAAAAUGUAUUCAGGUUUGUUGAGCAUUUUUUGGGAUUACCACAUAAUUCCAUAUGUGUUCCUUCAUAGUUUGGAUGUCUUUUAAUAUUAAUCUGCAAUCUAGAAAGAAAUAAAAAUGAAGAAAAACCAAUGAAUGAGAAGGUGUGUCCAAACUUUUGACUGGUACUUUAUAUAUUUUUUUAACUAAAUUCCACAACUCAGUGGGUCUAUCUGCAAAUUACACUAUGAUAUGUCUCAUUCAGAUUGUAGAAACACAGGCAAUGUAGACAAUAAGGAACAUUCUUCAACAUUUUUCAACAGAAAUUCACUUACUUUGUUUAUCAGUAGUAUGCAUUAUUAGACCUCUUUCUGCAUUUUAUGACCCUGAAAGAUUGAUGUCAAUAGUCACUCUUCAAGUAUCCACACUCCUUUGACCUUUUGAGGGAGAUUCAUUUGGCUGAUCACAUUUAAACAAACAUCAAUCAGUUGCAACAAAACAAAGCUCAGUUGCAACAAGUUCCCGAAUUGAAAUGGAUACUCAAGGCUGAGGGCAUAGAUCAAUCCCAUCAACAGCAUAAAUGCCUUGGUUUCCACCCCCUUCUCAGCACUUGGUUGCCUUCGAUUAGAUUUCUGCUGGAUCCUCCUUGGCCAGGGGAUUAUGUAUAACAAACACGCGGCAAAAACCUGGGCUGAGCGAUGAAGCCUAUGUGGAAGUGAAAAAACCUGCAGUCCACUGAGUGUCCACUUGAGGCUGGCUCCAAGAACGAGUCUAUUCCCAUUGACUCCCAUGUUAACAAGGCCAAUUUACAGCUAAAUUAAACCUCAAUCUCUAAAUGUUUCCUUCAUGACAACUGCACAGGGUGUGAAUUUUGUUUUAGCUUGAUCCUUUAGGUAAUAUAGAGAUUUUAAAUUAUGCAUAAUUAUCACUUGAUGGACAGGUGACGUCACCGUUAGCUUGUCACCGCGGCUACUAACCUGUUGCCUGUUCGGCUUCACCUGAGCUAACAGGUUAAUCCCCUUCAUUGAACAGUACCCGAGUCUGGGUCUCAGUCAUAUAUCGGAUGAAUAUAUGACUGAGAUAUAUUCAUCCGAUAUAUCUCAAAAAUAAAAUGCCACAUUUCAUGUAAACAAAAAGUCCUUCAAAAAUAAAAUGACACAUUUCAUGUUCUACUAUUACAUAUACGACUGAAACAAUCAUCUCCCUCUUACCUUCAUCACGUUGUUUCCCCCCUGGCAACACUAUUGGUCGAUAUUGUGUUUCGUACUUUUUGUCGUAUUUUUUUUUUUAAACGAAAAGUGUGUUGUUCGGCUGGUUGUCCUAAUGAAGAAGUUAAAGGCGCCUUUGGUCCAGCUUCUGUGGUAAGUAAAAUAUACUAUUUUAUUUAUGUGUUAGUAGUGAUUAGCAGGUAUCUGUGUCUCUGUACCUUGCUUGUUAGCUUAGCUCCGCUAGCCUUCAGGCAAGAUACCAGCAGUAAUGAUGAUGCUGACGGGACCGUACGGGAGUUAUUAAACCGACACAAAUCGACAUGAGCCUGUCCACGUGUCAGAGAGAAACGUUAAAGUUUAUGGUGAAAAUACUUUUAAACUGAAGUUUGGAGGAUAAGCUCCACCGUGUUACAUAUCUAACGUCAUGUAAAGUUAUUUUGCUCUCCAACCUAGUUGGCUUGACUUUACGUUAAUGUCAGUAGCUUCAGUAUUAAUAUUAGAUUAUUGUACCAGAAAUAACAUUAGUGAAGUUGCUACAGUUUCAAAAGUUGUUGAGCUGGAUUGAUUAUUGCGGCUGUAUACUAAACUAACGUUGAAUUUCAAUAAUUUGAUUGAUUAUAUUACCACAACAAACACAAAUUAUCAUACUACAGAAACAGAUUUAAUGUGAUCGACUGAAAUGUGAAUAUUUAACCUCACAUCUGCAUUUUAAAAGCAACUGAUUACAGUAGCAUAACUUCUCCUAAAGCUCUUUAUUCUGAGUAUUAGCGUUGAUGUGUUGUAAUAUGCUCCAGUCAGAGAGAGAACCUGAGGCUGAUCUCUACCUAUUUCCUACCAUGAUGUGAAGUGAUUAUGAUCUGAUGAACUUUGAAGUAAUUAACAUUUAUUUUUAUCAUAUAAAAGUAUGUGAAAGUGUUCACCUGGCACAUGUAUGACAUUACAUAUCUAUGUAUUUAAAUAAAGUUUCAUCAAGGUGACUCAGACAGCCUGCACCGGUGGAUCGCCAACAUGAAGAGACAGAGCUGGUCUCCAACAAGACUGAAUACUGAGAGUAAUCACUUCCUCACUGACGCCAGGGGCGGAAACGCUGAAGGACACAGCUGUGCUGGCCGUGUUCUGUCACUUAUGGCAAUGAAGAAAAAUUAAACACAAAUUUAUUUUAUCAAGUGUAUCAAAUCAGGAAGUCAAAGAUGAAAAUUGUUGAUAAUAGUGUUGUAGCUACAGACCUUUUUUUUUAAAUAAUUUUUUAUUAACCAUGAUUAUUAUAAAUUAACUCUGUAGGAUAACAUGGAACAGAGGAGCAACACCUCAGAUUAAAGACAGCCUGUCAAUACUUUUUUGACCUUUUGACACAUAUCGGCUCUCUUAAGCAGCCAAGAAAGGCACCACAGAUGACCUCAGUAAGAACUGAUAUACUGACAGAAAUGAGUCUCUCAUUGGCUGGUUGUGUGGAUGAGCGGGAGUCAAUGAGGAAGUUGUUGUUGUUGUUAAGGUGUACGAGGACGGAGUGAAGCGAGAAGUGACAUGCCCAUGUAAAGGUUAAUAAAAGUUUUUAAACGACAAAGAAGUUCCUUGUCCUCUGUAAGAGGGGACGUUACAAUAUUGUACAAAUAUAUUAAAUGUCUUUCUACCUCAUCUGUAAUAUUCAAGGUGAUAAUCUUUCACAGAGCUGUUGAUGACAGUCCAUAUCAAGUCACCCGAUUUCUCUCAGUGUGAAAAAAAAUAUAUAUAUAAUUAGGGCUGCAACAACGAAUCGAUAAAAUCGAUAAAAAUCGAUUACUAAAAGCGUUGCCAAAGAUUUUAGUCAUCGAUUCGUUGAGUCGCGCGAUUAAUACGUCACUCGUAGGCGCAGAACUGUUUACUGACGCCGGCAGGUACAUGCUUCAUGCGCGCCCACAGCGAGCCUACAAGCGCUUUAGUGUUUGCGACCACUGCUUUUAUUUUUGGACAUAAAAGAUGGCGGAGGGGGUUCGACCGAAAUCAUCCAAAGUGUGGGAGCACUUCACACUGCAUAAAACUAAAAAGUGUGUUUGUUGCAAUCUUUGCAAAAGCAAAAUGGCGUGGCACGGAAGCACCACGGUAAUGAUACAACACCUCAAAAGAAAACAUGUCGGAGUCAUCCAUGACGAGGAAGGGGGCUCGACAGCAGGGUAAGUCAAUACAAAAGCUCACAUUUAUUCCGUUUUCAAGUAAGAACAUGCAACAUCUACUCUCUCUCGUUUGGUGUGUUAAUGUAUUCAUUAUCCAGCUUUACAAGCAUGAAACGUUUAUUAAACUAACGUAAGCGUUAGCUGGUGUGUGUGUGUGGGUGUGGGUGUGGGUGUGUGUGUGUGUGUCGGGGUGUCUGUUACUUUAUUUUAUUUUUUUAAAGCACUUACAGCUUAAUCUGUAAAUUACUAAAAACGAUCUUACUUACAUAAUAAACUUACAUACUACAUUUUACUUAAACCUCCAUGAGUGUAAAUAAAUAAAAUAAAUCAUUAUUAUAAAAAUGUGUAUUGUCUGUAAUUGAUCUUUGGGUUACUUACUGGCCUCAACAUAACAGUAUUAAUAACUAAAACAAUGAGGCAUAUUAAUUUUAUUUAAAUCGUGCUGUUUUACAUACUUACUAAUAUUAACUUUGUCAUUGCAGAAAAAAACAACCAACAAUGAGUGGCUUCCUGAUUGGAAGAACAUCAUGUACACCACAGCAAGCAUCUGUCUUGACAGAUAGCGUCCUUAACAUGCUAGUCACUGACAUGAGGCCUCUGUCAAUGGUUGAAGAUGACGGCUUCAGGACGAUGAUUCACACCUUCUAUCCUGGUUACACUCUUCCCUCAAGGACCCAUUUCACUAGGCUUAUGGAGAGAAAAUAUGAGCAGACAUUCAAUGCAGUGAAGACUGCUUUGAACAACGGCAACAACAGCAAACUUGCUCUCACCACUGAUGUUUGGACAAGUGUAGCCAUUGAGGCCUACCUCGGUGUUACUUGUCACUACAUCACAGACGAUUGGGAAAUGAAGUCAAUCUGCCUCACUACCAUGCCACUGCAGGACAGACAUACUGGAUCCAACAUCGCCGAAUGGUUGGAAGAAGUUGUAGCCAGGUUUGAAAUCCCUCCUAGCAACAUCAUUGCCGUAGUCCAUGAUAAUGGUGCCAAUGUUGUGGCUGCGGCACGCAUCCUGGAGGAGAAGAAUGGGUGGUCCUCUGUGCGUUGCACUGGUCAUACCUUGCAACUUGUGAUCAAUGCUGCGUUAAAGCAUCCGAGCAUUGAAAAGGCUGUUGGGGCUGCAAGAUGUCUCGUGGAACAUUUUAAAAAAAGUGAGCUAGCCAGCGGUAAGCUACGAGCAAAACAACAACAGAUGGCCACACCUGAGCACAGCCUUGUUCAAGAUGUAAGCACAAGAUGGAACAGCACCUUUUAUAUGGUCAGUCGACUGAUUGAGCAAAGAUGGCCUGUAACAGCAACACUGUCUGACAUCUCUGUCACACAGAAAGGAAAAAGGUACCUUGAUUUGAAACCAGAACAGUGGAUCCUGCUAGAAGAACUUUUAAAAGCCCUAAAGCCUUUUGAAUGUGCCACUGUGUUCAUGACUGCAGAGAAAUACACUACAAUAUCUGCAAUACCUCCACUUGUGAAGGGGCUAUUGAAGUCCACCGAGAGUGCUGCCUACGAGUCGGGCCCGUUGCAGGCUUUUCAAGUCACUGCUACCAAUCAGCUCCAGGAGCGAUGGAAAAGGGAGACUACCUUUUCAGACACAGCAGCAGCAAACACAGUGAUUCUUGCGUCAGCAUUUGACCCAAGGUUUAGGAAACUGAAGUUUCUUUCCCCUGAAGAAAUCGUUUGUGUUCAAAACAAAGUGCAAAGACUGGCGCUUGGAGAGAUGGAGAGGAAUUUGCAGCAGCCCGACACUUCCUCCGAUACAGCUUCUGCAUCAACAACUCCUACCACACUACUUGAUUCACUCCUUGGUUCCAGCAGUGAAGAAGGGGAUGGAUCAAGCGGAGAUGAUGAUGUCAACACAAAAGUACGGGAAGAAGUCCUCAGAUACUUCGGAGAAAAGAAACUUUCAAAGGAAGAAAACCCAUUGCAGUGGUGGAAAAACAACAUGGACAAAUAUCCGAUAAUGGCCAGGCUAGCCAAGUCCUACUUGUGUAUCCCUGGCACCUCAACACCAUCAGAGCGGCUGUUCUCUGCCGCAGGCAACAUAGCUUCAAAGAAGAGAGCCAGCCUUAGCCAGGAGCAUGUAGACAUGCUUACAUUUUUGCAUUGCAAUGCAAAGUUCAUGCCUAAAACGGUUAACUGAACAGUGAGUUUGUGUGUUUGUUAGAGCACCAAGCAAGACCGCGUUAAUGUCAAUGUUAAUGUUAAUGUUCGAACAAAUACAGUGUGGACAGAUUGGUAGUUUGCAUUUUUCUUUAUUUUUUAUAAUUUAUUUAUUGUUCUAACAGAAAACCUCAGUUUGUUCACUUUAUAAAAGAAAGUAGCCUUUUCAUUUUUUGUAUUUAUAUAUACAUAUAAAAAUGUAUAUCAUACAUUGUAUUUUAUUUUGUGUUCCAUUUUUAUUAUUAUUUAAUAUGACUUAAUAGCUCAGGGACGUUGAAGCAAUAACCUGUUAUUUUUUCACUUUUCACUUCAUUCUACUGUGAAUUUAUGUUCUGUUUUUAUGUUCAGAAAGUAAUGUUCAGUUUUUUAAUAAAGAUGCGGCAAUUACAAA